AUGACUGCACCGGUACCGUUGGCUAUUGUCUAUAGCGACGGUCGCCACGUUAGUCAAGCCCUACCUAGGGAGGCGAGCGCUAGUCGCCAGUCAGAGGCCUCCACUUCCGGCCGUGGAGAGUCUACUGCCGAACCAUCUCCUCGGCAGAGGGUUUCAGUAGUCUAUCCCGACAAUCCUAGGGUGCCGAUGGGGGUUCUGAAGGAUCUCGUUUUUGGCGUAGAUUAUUUGGAGCCCAACAGGAUUACCGAGUAUUUCAUACCAGAUUCGGUAGGGAUGAGGAUUCCAAAGCCUACUGAAUCUCUAAGCAAGCUGAAGGAUGGCGAAGUCGUCUUUUGCACGGACGUACUUCUGCAAGGAGUGAGGCUUCCUCCGCAACCCACCGUUCAGAGAAUCCUGGCGCAGAUAGGCUAUGCUCCCGGCCAGUUCAACCCCAACUUCUGGGUAGCACUAAUGGGUGUGGUCAUACCCUUAGGCAUGGCUGGCGAGGGAGAGCCUUCGUACGAACAGUUCUCCCAUCUGUACAGUGUUACGAAGUCGAAGUCUGCUGACCACGGGGGUUGGGUUCAGGCUAACUGCCUGAAGGCUACCGAGCGCGGCCAUUUUGUCAGUGCCGUGCCAACCUCCCAAAAGACGUGGAGGAAAUGGCGGGUGCUUCUGUCCGGUGAUUGGGAGUCGCCUUCGGGACAUCCCAUCCGUUUCCACAUUCCCACUACCUUCCAAAUUGUCGGUAGGCCAUCGUACCGUUCGGUAGGCCUCCUAGUGUAUCGUCCUUUAGAAAAUUUAGUUCCAUUUCUUUUUUGUGCAGGCAAAUUGAAUCGGUCGAGCGCUACCCAGGCGGAGAUCCAGCAAAUCGAGAGGGUGAGGCUGAAGGUCCCUGCCGUGGAGAGAAUUUACCCGAAGUUCCUUUUCACCACCAAUCUUAUUAAAGCUCAACUUGUCAACCCUGCCGAGAUGACCGAAGAGAGGAGGACUGCCGAGGCAAAGAGGAUGAACGAGUCCUCCAAGCGGCGCCUGAUUCUCGGCAUGCAGGGGAAGAAGAAAAAGGGCCGGCGGCCGGAAACGGUACCGGCAACAUCGGGAGGGGUCGACCCCAAGGACCUAACCCUCAACGAGCGUCGUCGUCAGAUGAACACUGAAUCAGCGCAUGCCGAAGCGGCGGCUGCCCGUCCGUCUCCCAGUCGAGGUAUGCCUACCGAGGGUACCUCCUCCAAAGCUGCCGGUAAAAGGCCAUUCACAGUCGAUUUGGAGGCCGAUCCCGCUCCAAAGCGCGGGCGACAGGCCGAGCCUGCCCGGGCCAUCUUCGCGGCUGAGGAUGACGAGGCGCCUGCCGAAGCUGUAACUCUGGCCUGUCCUUCGAAAACGGUCCAGUUUGUGAACCACAUGAUCCUCGGUUCACAAAUGGAGCUGUCCGAGAUCGAGGACCUGCCGAAGACCCUCCUUUCCGUCUUCAAGCUUCGCUUCAAUGGACAUGUGGCUGUGCAUCAAGCAAGCCAUUAA